UGGCAAACUUCAUUGAGCUGAUCAUUUGUUUGACAUUUUAAAAAACUAACGUCAUAGAAAUACGAUCUCUGGAUCGUAAUAUUCCCGGAUUAUUCAAUAUGAACGAUCAUCGAAAUUCACGUGGGAUAGUCUACUGAGGCUCAUUUAAAAAUGCAAGAAAUAUCAGACACAACGAAAGAUCAGGAAUUCGUGCCCUCCUGUCUGGAACGCCUGCAGAAAGAGGCACUGAAGUGUUUGGAGAGUUUCCCCGGUAAAGUCACUGAUCUCAACGGUAUUAUUGAUAUCUAUGCACCCAAGACCGGAAGUAUCGACACCGAGACGAUCAACAGGCACCCGGCAUCCAGAUCUAUAUCGUCAACCAUCGGAGAAUAUGAUGUCACGUCGGCUCUGGAUUACGAUGAAAAAAUUGGAAAAACGAGAUAUGACGCGGCAUCCUUGACGAGCUACUGCACCCUGUCGACCUACGAGCGAGAGAGGAAUCGAUAUGGCAUCUGCAAACGUCGAUGUUACAAAAUUCAUCGCUCACGGGCUAUCGUAACUCGUCGUCGUCCUGCGGCACUUGGACAACUGCUUGUUUAUGUCGCUAGUAAACUUGUUACGUGCACCAAAAAUAUGGUGCUAGCUCCGUCAUUGUACUUUGUGCAGAGGAUUGUCUCCAUGUUCUUUCAGAAGCGACACCUGAAGAAUGCCGAGUGCGGUCCAUGCGCGGAUUGGAGCAGCUCGCAAUCAGCUUGCGUAACAUCCGUCAAAGAAGAUAAUACGACAGUCGGUAGCUUCAUAGCCGUCAUGAGGCCAGCAGCUAUCCAGCUAAUAUCCGACACCACAAUAUUAAAACGCUGGCUCCAAGCGUUGGCUACCAGUACGUGUCAGUCGUCUGUUGAGCUAGCCAACGCAACUAGGAAUACGGAGACCAUUGACUGUUGGGCUUAUGAACUCUUCUUCCACCUCAAGUACCUCCAGGUCAAUCGUGCCCGUGAUGCCGACAAAGUAACUGAUGGUUCCGGAAUUAAUGACGAGGUAACGCACAUGAACUUGUGGCACAGAAUGGUCCAGCUCCGUGAUAAUUACAUAAUUCUUUACGAAAUCCUGUACGGGAAUUCAAGAAUUGGGAAAAUUGUCAGUUGCAACUGAAAGUUUAGGUAAUCCCAGUUCCAAUGAGAGGUUCAACAGUUCUGGAAGUGCUAGUGCUAUCAUUGAGACAAACUGGUGUCUAAAAUAUUCUAAUAGUCCCGCCAUAAUUGCAAAGUUCGCAAACCCCUUCUGCCAAUGAAAAUGAAGAAAUAUUCAGAUGAUUUUAAGGGAGAACUAUUGUAACUUUUUCUGAAUGAAAUAAAA